ACUCAGCUCAGCUUUGUUUUGGUGCAGUUCCACAGGGACACAUAUUCAUGUAGUCAGGACCAGUCCCAGAUGUUGUUUACUUAGACCCUUGUUGUACUUUGUGGUCUGGAUCUUUUGCUUCUUCUGAAGGAUUUUUUUCAUGGCUGGGGUCUGUCCUGUCUGAGGGCUGUUUCCCAGACACGCGUGCCGUCUGAAGGGACCCAUGUUGACAGGGCGAGACAUGAGGUUCAGCUGGCAGUGGGAACAUACAGACUAUUAGUGAUUGGAACGAGUUGAUAUGUCGUUUUUUACGCUACUGCUGUUGUAUUUGGUCCCAAGGACCAUCACCAUGCACCAUGGAACAAGAACACCAUGCACAGACCAGCUCCCCUUAGACCUCUUGUCACGUGUCCUCCCAGUGGGGGCACCUGCGCCCCCGUCAAGUUUGCGCAUGAUCCAGACGGGGGGGGUGAGGGGCCUCCGGUUUUCUCACCCUCACCCUUCCCUCAGCUUCCCUUCCUCCCAGCUCUUGAUGAACUGUGACCUGUUUCCCAGAGAGUUCUCCAUCGUAGUGACUCUGAAGAUCACCCGCAUGGCACCCAAGAAGAAUGAGUACAUAUUUUCUGUGGUGGAGGAAAAAGACGAAGAGAAUAAAAAUGGCAAAGGAGACAAAGGUGAAAGAAGUGAUGAAGAACAAAAUCGAGGGAGUAAAGAAGAUAAGAAGAGAGAUCGGAGAAGAGAGAGGGUUGGGGAUCGAGGGAGGCUGCUCCUGGGUCUGCGAUUGUCCAGGGAUCGUUUCCACUUUCUGUUUCAGGGUCAUGGGGGGGUCAUGGAACGCUGGGUGUUCCGGGGUGUGCGAUUGGCUGAUAACCGCUGGCACACACUGGUGCUGGCCGCCACUGGUCGCUAUGCAAGGCUCACAGCAGACUGUAACACACCUCUGGAACUUGUUCACUCCAGGUCCUUCCCCUCUGAUAUGAGGAUUCAGGGAUCAAAGUUCCACAUUGGCAGCCAGGGGAGGAGAAAAGGCCUUUUCUCAGGUCUUGUCCGACAGCUGGUUCUGGUGCCAGGUUGGGAUGCCACCACUGACGUCUGCCCUUCCUCCAACCCCAGACUGGCAGAGCUGGCUGUGCCCGCUGUGCUGUUAGACCUGCCUUUCAAACAGACAGAGAUCAGCCUCGCUCUUCCUAGAUAUGAGGCGGAGGUGCACGUCUCUGUGGGGCUUGAGCGUAAGUGUUCGGUGUCAGUUCGUGGUCAGCUUUGGUUCAACCCCCAGAGGAAGGGCCUCUACCUCUGUGAUGGAGCCGUUUGGGUCCCUAUGCUGAAAGAAAGUGAACGGCUGGACUACGUUGAAGAACAUCAGAUCCUGCCCACCAGUUCGGAAACAUACGACAUUGAGGUUUUCCAUGUGGCUGGCGUGGGUCUGAUGGCAGCCAUGGCGCACAGCUCCUCUGGCCUGGGCUCGGCUGUCUACCUCUGGAAACAUGGUGGCUUCCAGCUGUACCAGAACAUCAGCACCUACGGAGCUCUCGCCUGGAGACACUUCACCAUGGGCAAGAAGGUGUUUCUGGUGGUGUCUAACUCGGCCGGGGGGCCAGGCGAAGAGGAGGAGAAAGCUCCAGAACAGGAGGAGGGGGUGGAGAUGUCCGUUAUUUACAGAUGGAGCGACAGGAAGAGGAGGUUUGUGCGUUUCCAGAGCCUGCAGACGCACUGUGCUCGAGACUGGGAGGCUUUCCAUAUCCACAAACACACCUACCUCACUGUGGCCAAUCACAGACAAGGUGAUAACAACCACACCAUUGACAGUGUGGUCUACAGGUGGAACCCAGGUACAAAGUCUUUCCAGGUGCACCAGAUGCUGCGGACCUCAGGGGCCUAUGACUGGGAGUUUUUCACCGUGGGACCCUAUCACUUCCUCGUUGUUGCAAACGCCUUUGAUGGCGUGACCACCCACGUUGACUCUGUCAUUUAUGUUUGGCUCAAUGGCAGCUUCCGGGUGUUUCAGACCAUUAAGACAUUUUGUGCCACAGACUGGGAGAUGUUCCAGAUUGGCAGCAGAGUCUUCCUGGUUGUUGCGAAUGGACACAGACUCCAUGGUAACGGGCCUAGUCGCUAUGCCAUCAACUCCACCAUCUACGAACUUGACGGAAACGCUCAGUUGUUUAUUCGCUUUCAGGAUAUUGUAACUUACAGUGCUGUGGACUGGGAGUUCUUCACUCUAGGGGAGGAGAGUUUCCUGGUUGUUGCUAACUCCUUUGAUGGACAGUCAUAUUCUUUAAAUAGCGUGCUCUACAGGUGGCAGGGAUAUGAAGGGUUUGUCCCUGUUCACCGGCUCCCAACCAUUGGAUGUAGCGACUGGGAAUUCUUCAAUUUCGAAGGGGAAUCAUAUCUAAUUUACUCCAGCGCUAAAGCACCACUUUCCAAAGUGUUCAAAUUGAAAACACACUAAGGAUAUGUGUGUGCCUCAGUUUGUCUCUCUGUGUAUAACUCUAUAAAGUCUCUGAGAAUAUUUCAGUAGUUUACAGUAGAUGGAAACUUAAUUAUUUUGUUCUUCAGUUAACUGAACUGUU